AUGUCGCACCGUAUGUCGCCAAAGACGCGGGUCGUGUUCAAGUUCAUCUUCGGGCUCGGCAUCUGGUCGUUUCUGGUGCUGGGCUUCUUCAAGCUGAACGGCGACCCGGUGAUGCCGCACCAGUUCCAGCAAUCGCCCAUUAACGGCCGGCUGCUGCUAAACAAGGACAACCGAUGGACCGGAAAUGAGGCCACCUCGACCACCACCGACCGCUACCUGUCACCGGCCGGGCUGGCGGGCGCAAUGGCCGGCGUUGACGAGGUGCUCGUCGAUAAUCGUGCUGUGAUCGAUGACGAGCAGCUGGUACGGGACGUGGAAUCGCGGCUUCCUUCGCUACCGAUCGCGUACUGGAGCAAGCACAAGAACGUGGUGCAGAAGAAGGCAUCAUGCGCCCGCUAUCCGUCAAUCUUCGAGCUCGAGUUCAACAACAUUUACUGGCAAACGCUCCGCAGCACGAACGGUACGUUCCAGCUGUUCGGUGCGUACUACGACAUCCGGAAGCGUUCGCGCAUCGGACCUGCCGUACGCAUCCUCGGGAUGAUCGACCGGAUCGAGCCGCGGGUGAAGACUUUCUGUCAGCUGUGGUUCGACGGCCAGAAGGAACCGUUCAUCGUGAAGACGUUCGAGUACAAGUACAUCUGGUUCAACAAGUGGGGCAACUACAAGCAGGGCAUCUAUCAGCCGUAUCUGAUCGCUUGUCAGAUCCCGAAACCAUUCCGUGGACUCGUGCCGGCUUCGGUUUCGCUGGUGGAGAAGCAGUGCGACACGGCCACUAACAAUCUGCGCGUGCUGUACAACCGACCGCUGGACGAUGAAAAGCGUGGCUUUGCCGUGUGCGUCAAAGGGUUGGACUUCCUGUACGAUGAUCUGUCGGUGCGUUUGGUCGAGUGGAUCGAGCUGCUAGGCAUGCUCGGUGCGGACAAGGUGUUCUUCUAUGAGCUACAGGUACAUCCAAAUAUCUCCAAGGUGCUGCGGUACUACGAGGAACAGGAGCGAGUGCACGUAACGCCACUGACACUUCCGGGUGGGCAACCGAACGUGCCCGGCUUCCAGCAUCUUUUCCUCUCGAAGAAAACGACACACAAGCGGCAGAACGAACUGAUACCGUACAACGACUGUCUGUACAAGAACAUGUACAAGUACAACUUCAUCGCACUGCUCGACAUCGACGAGGUGAUUAUGCCACGCCGACCGGAAGACCGUACCUGGCACGAUCUGAUGGAACGUGUGGUCGCAAAGGGCAUGAAGCUAAAGAACGACACAUACCCAAGCUACAAUGUACGCAACGUGUACUUCUUCGAUCGGGGUGAUCAGCACGACCAUGAAUGGGCGAAGGAUACGCCGCGGUACAUGCACAUGCUACAGCACGUAACGCGCGCGAAGAAUUACACCAAACCCAACCAGUACGUCAAAUGCUUCCACAACCCGGAACGGGUACUGACGCUGCAUAAUCACUUUCCGAUCGCGUGUCUCGGCGGUACCUGUCACUCGUACCCGGUGUCUACGGAUGACGCUCAGCUGCAGCACUACCGGGCCGAUUGUGUGCGAACGCUGAAAAAGAGCUGUGAGGAGUUCAAGGAGAAUCAGGUGCGUGACACCACGAUCUGGAAGUACAAGGACGAGCUGAUACAGCGUACGCGCCGUACGCUGGAUGUGCUCGGGUUCUUCAAACCGUCGUCGACGGGUGGCGGCGGUGGGUCGCUGUUGCGCGGUGGCAAGGACUCACUCUACAAACGGUGA